CCAGCCGUUGGUUAAGCGAAAACGCUGCUACAACGCGCGACGAGUCGUAGACGCAUUGGGUUUGUCCGGCUUAACGGAAGCAAAACUAUGGUAAGAAUACCUUAACGUAGAUCCAUCGUUUUCAACGAACCGAUCCCUCUGACCAUUUCGCUCUCGGUCGCAUAUACUGUUACGUAACUUUAUAAAAACAUUCUUUCUUUGAGAUUUACAAGGGUGUCGCGUUUCGAAUAAACGCAAUCGCUCAGGAACGCGUCGUACGUUCUAAUUACGAGCAGACGCGUUGAUCAAUUUCGUUUUCGGCGUUUUAUUCGUUUUAUAUCGUUAUCAAUGAUUGGGCUGGUGCACUGUUGUCGACGCGUCGUUAAAUCGAUUCUAUUACGAGAGUCGUGGUUUGUCAAGGGCUCGAAACAGGGAGUGGAUUUGUCGGACUUGGCAAAAAUCGAAGAGGAAACGGACAAUCCGAUCGAAUUGUUCCGAAUCUGGCGCGACGAAGCCCGAAAAUACAAUCCCAGAGCGCCGGAUGCCUGUUGCUUGGCUACCGUUUCAAAGAACUGCGAGGUAUCCGCGAGAAACGUGAUCCUUCGAGAGUUCGACAACGACGGCUUCGUGAUCGUGACUGAUAGUCGCAGUAAGAAAGUUCAUAAUAUAGAAAGCGUUCCCCAAGUUGCCAUGUGUUACAUGUGGUUUUACGUAAACGAACAAGAACAGGAGAUAACGCGACAGGUGAGAGUCGAAGGUACCAUGAUAAGGUUGAAAAAAGAGGAGUUUCAACAUCUGUACGAGAGAGAACCGCUUUAUUGUAAAGUUCGGGCUCAUUUGUGCCAUCAAGGGCGCGAAGUAUAUUGGGAGGAACUGAAACAAAGACACGACGAGAUAUUAGAUUCGGUUCGCAGAAACGAUAACGAUUUGCGAAUGCCGGAUCAUUUCGUUGGAUACAAGUUACUGCCGACAAUGAUGGAAUUUUACUUCGCGAGGGAUCACCUCAUAGGCGAUCGAUUACUUUACCGCAAGGAUACGCCGAGCGGUUCGUGGCAACAUCAUCGGAUAGCGGCUUAAUACGGAAAAUUCAUGAUCGCGAAAAUAAUCUUGUACUUGUUUUUCGUAAUAAAAGCCCUUGAAACUGA